GGCGCCGCGGGGCUCACGCUCACGCACGCGAACACGGCCGUCAUCCUCGAGCCGUCGCUCACGCCGGGCAUCGAGGCCCAGGCGGCCGGGCGCAUCUCGCGCAUCGGCCAGACCAAGGCCGCCAAGGUCAUCCGGCUCAUCGUCGCGGACACGGUCGAGGAGAAGAUCCUCGAGUGGCAGGCGCGCCGC